UGGAGCAGAUGACCCGGCGCAGCGGCCAGGAGCGCAGCAGUCCAGGAGAGGAUGGGGGGCAUCGGCAGCAGCUGAACCCCGCGGACCCGGACCAGGGGCCGAGGAGGGGCCAGAACCGCUCACUCUUUGGGUCACUUUUUCUUUCUUUUCUUUGGAUUUACCCUCCGGUCCUGAACCGAUCCGGUCCUGAACCGACGACAUGCCGUUCGCCAAACGGCUCGUGGAGCCGCAGCUGCUCUGCAGGCGGCGGCCCGCGGACCCGGAGGCUCCGCCGGUCGAGGACCUGGUCUCCGUGAGUAACGUGGCUCUGUCCCGGACCCUGCGCCAGCUGUCGGACCUGGCCAAGCACGCGUGCUCCGUGUUCCAGGAGCUGGAGGACGAGCUGGCGGCCACCGGCCUGCGGGUCCGCGGGCUGCAGAGCCGGAUCACCGGAGUCCAGCAGGGCUGCGCCGAGCUGGACCCGAAGCAGGAGGCAGUGCCGGUGUCUAACCUGGAUGUGGAGAGUAAGCUGACGUCACACUACCGAUCCCCGUGGCUCCAGCAGAGGAACGUCCUCCGACCGUCCAGCCGGCCGGCAUGCGUGGUGGACCUCCACAGGCAGGCCGGCCUCAGCCUGUGGACCCCCCACCGAGAUCUCCAGAGGAGACGAUCGGGCAGCAGAGAGCGCAGAGUAACCAUCUCCAUCCCGCCGGUGACCCCGAUGCCCUCUCGCCCCCCCGCACCCACCGACCGGCGCCCGGAGAGCCCCGACUCGACGGCGUUCACCCGCUCAUCCUCCCCUACCGAAUGUUGCAGCUUCUCCCCCUGGAGCAGAAAGGCCGCGCCCCCCGACGCCGUCGAUGAGGAGGAGGCGUCUCUGGGCCACCGGCACAAGUCCCCCGUCCCCAACCCCCCCACCACCCUGGACCGGCAGACCAACUGGUCCGGCGCCCUGCCGCUGCCCACCCCGGAGGAGCGAAUGAAGACCAGUUCCCUGGUGGUCCCCUCGUGUGUCAUCCCCAUCAACGUGACGGGCGUCGGCUUUGACAGAGACGCCAGUGUGCGCUGCUCGCUCGUCCACUCGCAGUCGCUGCUUCAGAGGAGGAGGAAGCUGAGGAGGAGGAGGACCGUGGCCGGCGUUCCCCGACAGGUGCAGCGAGAUCUGGACUCCGACGGCUCUCCUGGCUCCAGAGAGCGAGCGGUGGUCGUUCGCAGUGCCGGCGCCGCGCCCUCCACCGAGGAGCUGGACGGACACCCCACCCGAGACUCCGGCUGCCAGACCGAAGACUUCCUGGUCUCGGGACCGCCGUCUCGGAGGAGGAUCAGGUCCCAGAGAGGCCAGGCCGUCUCCCUCUCGGUGGGCGACAUCCUGUUCCUGUCGGACGACGCCGACGCCAUGUUCACCGCCUCCGUGGGCGCACGCCUGCGCUCCCGGAGUCUGCCCAGAGACGGGAGCCGGGCGACGGACGACGGGCGCAGCGAUGAAGACGACGACGAGGAGGAGGAGGAGGAGGACCUGUCGCCCUUCGACGCCGAGGACUUCCUGCCCAGACCCGGGGAUCUGAUCCUGAAGGACGGAGAGGAGAGCGUGGGCGACCGGGCCGCGUCCGACCGCCAGCUGAAGUACAAGCAGCUGUCAGAGAGUCCGGAACGCAGCUGGAUGGCGAGGACCAGGUCCCGGCUGCCCAGGAAGACCGACAUGGGCAGCUGCGAGAUCUCGUCCAGCUCGGACACCUUCAGCAGCCCCGUCCAUUCCGUCUCCGCCGCGGGGGUCCGGAUGGACCACAAGGAGGACCACCAGUCCUCGAGCGGGAACUGGAGCGGGAGCAGCUCCACCUGCCCCUCUCAGACCUCGGAGACGAUCCCGCCGGCGGCCUCCCCGCCGCUGACGGGCUCCUCACACUGCGACUCGGAGCUCUCGCUGAACGCCGCCGCUCACCACCAAGACGACCACACUGGCUUUCUGCUGGACCACUACCAGGGUCUCAGGACUCAGCGGGCGGGCUCCUUCUCCUCCACGGCUAUGGACAUAUUGGAGGAGGCGGGGGUCAGCGCUCCCAUGGAGGAGGAGUGGAAUUACCCCGAUGUGGAGUCCCGGCGGCCUCGGGACUUCAGCCCUGAGCCCAACCGGGAGGUGGAGAGCAGCCUGGGCUGCCCCAGCUUCACCAGCAUGGCCACUUGCGAGAGCAGCUUCUCCGACAAGCCGCCCUCGGAGAAGGCGGACGCCGUCUCGCACUACUCCGUGGACACCGAGGGCUACUACACCUCAAUGCACUUUGACUGCGGCAUCCAAGGAAGCCGGAGCUUCUCCUACGGCUGCGAGUCGGACUUUGGCGGUCACAUGACCCUGGGGCGGCGCUGCCUCUCUUUGAGGAAACCAAAGGCCAAGCCGAGUCCGCCGAAGAGGAGCUCGUCCUUGAGAAAGAUAUGCAGCGAGGGACACAUCCCCGACGACAAAGAACCAAAUAUGUCUUCUAAGGAGAGGAAACUGCAGCUGGUUUUGUCCAACCCGGUGGUCAAAGAGCCUCUCGUGGUCUGGGGCGUCGAGGGCUUCGCCAAUCUGCCCGACUUGGGAGCGUUCGGCGCCACGGACGCUCGUUCGUUUAAGGACGAGGGCGUCGUGCAGUCGGACUACGCAGAUCUGUGGCUCCUGAACGAUUUAAAGUCCAGUGACCCGUACCGGUCGCUGUCGAACUCCAGCACGGCGACGGGCACAACCGUCGUCGAGUGCGUCAAGUCGCAGGAGAGCUCCGGGUCUCAGUCGUCGCAGUCCGGCUCCAGGGCCACUACCCCUUCUCUCCCGCCGGCGGAGGGAGACUUCAAGCUGCCGUCUCCGGAGAAGCUGACGGGCCUGACCAGCCCCUCCAGCGGAUACUCCAGCCAGUCGGAGACCCCGACUUCCUCGUUCCCCUCCGCCUUCUUCCCCGGACCGCUGUCGCCGUCCAGCGGCAAGAGGAAGCCCAAAGUCCCCGAGAGGAAGUCGUCUCUUUCGUCGCUGUCGCUGCAGCCGCUCUCCUCCUCCAGGAGGGACCUGGAGCUGCCCAUCAUCCCUCCCUCCCACCUCGAUUUCAGUGCCCUACCGGGUGUCUGCGUACCCAAGUCCUCGGCGUCCAGGACCCAGAUUCAAUUCCUUCACCAAAACAAACUCAAACCUCCUGUGUCACCCAAACCCGCUCAUCCCAUGUUCAUCACCCCCACGGCGCUGCAGUCGGUGCAGCUCCGAUCCAUCGGCAAGGGGCACGAGGAACGCCGCGAGGACAAAAACCCUCCGGCGGUCACCGAGAACUUACCCGGCACACUUCUUCUCUGUGGUAACUCUGCGGAGUUCAGGAGUCCCUCGCAUCUGCAUCGUCCGCCCUCCGACGGGUCGUGUGAAUCCUUGUUCACCUCCAACGAGGAGCUCGCGGUUGAGGAGUGUCGGAGUGAGACGAGGGACUCGCCGGACCGAGAGGAGGUGGCGUCCAGACCGCGGUCGGAGACGUCGGCGGACGGGUACGAAGGAGAGACAUGCACAGAGUCGGCAGAAACACCCGAGGCUUUACAGCUGCAAAGAAGUGAGGAAGAAGAAGAAGAGGUGGCGGCUCUCUGUUCAUCCAACGGUCCUGAUAAAGCACCUUCGUCUGACGGCCAAUCGGAGUCGUGGGAGGGGAGUCCAAUCGGCGACGAAGGUAGCAGAGAGGAGGAGUGUGAGUCCCCAGGUGCUUCAGCCCAAAGUGCCUCGCAGGACGGCAGGGAGGAGUCCACACCAGUCAGUGGAGACUCAACGGCCGGUGACAACUUGGCGUCUCCUCUGGUGGACGAGUCCCGGCCCGAGGAGGACCACGUGUUCCUGUCCCCCACCAAGGCUCGGACCACCGAGGAUCUGUUCGCUAUGAUUCACAGGUCCAAGAGGAAAGUGUUGGGCAGGAAGGAUUCCACAGAGCCGAACGCGAGGAACCGCCUCGCCGCCGCACCGGGGAACACGCCGCCCGGCAGCACUGGGAGCUCCCCGGUCUCGCUGGUGUCGCCGCCCUCCGCCGUAACCCCGCCGGGCCUGCACAGAGUGUCCGGAGCCAUCUUCAGGAGCGCCAAGAAGUCCAGUACCUCCAACGAGGAGUUCAAACUGCUGCUCCUGAAAAAGGGCAGCCGCUCCGAGACCAGCUACCGCAUGUCGGCGACGGAGAUCCUCAAAAGUCCCGUCGCUCCUAAAUCCCCGGCAGACUCCCCGAUGGAUUCACCCAGACGGCCCGAGGAGCCCGACUCCCCCUUGCAGCACCAGUCGGGACCGGAUCGGCUCUCCAGCCCCUACCCCAAAGCCAACGCCGAGGGCUUCUCCCCGAAAUCCUUCCCCUCGUCUGCCGCCUCCAGGCAGGGCCGCCCCAGAAUCCCGCCGCCUGCCAACAGCAGCCGGUACGGCGCCCGCGGCAGACUGUACCCGGCGCCCAUGCAGGCCAUCUCCGAGGGCGAGGCGGAGAACUCUGACGGAAGUCCUCAAGACGACCGCUCGCCUCGGGGCUCCACGUAGAAAACGGAGAGAGAGGUAUGGAAUGGUGUUAGUUUACAGUAAACAAGUUUAAAAAAAUGGACCAGAAUGAGUUCUAAUAUAUAUUUAAUAACAGUUUGUUUAAAAGAAUAAUCAUAGUUUGACUAAUUUUUAAAGAUGUCUCCUUUUGGUUAUUCUGUGUUUAAAACUUUAAAACUAUUUUAUACACGGUAUGUAUCAGAAUUACACUCGUGAUAUGAACACAUGAUUGACGAAUGCAAACGAUAAGCAAACCGUUAUUUAAUAAAGAACAGGCUUACGUCAGAGUCCUGCACGGGCCGGAUUUUCAAGAAUAGAAAAGCAGAUCUUAUCGUAACCGACGCUCUAAUAAUGGUCAUGCGUGUCGGGCGGAGAUCGGAUAUUUUACAACGAAGGAAAAUUCCAGAGGUGACCCAGAUUCAAAUCCUUCACCAAAACAAAUGCAGACAAAUUAAAUGUAUAUUUUUUUGCUCCUUCUUAUGAAAUUGAGGAGCACAUAAUGCGUGAAUAAUGGAUCCAUUAAAAUGAAAUGUUUACUCGUUUAGCGGCUGGCUACUUAGCUAGCUAUUCUGCUAAUCCCACCACCAUGCCAUGCUACGGUUGCAGAACAUAGAACAUGAACUGCUGGACUUUACUUUAACAUGUCGCCACACGUCAUUGUUUUUAAACUUACCGUUUAAUUAGCUUAUGCUUAUUUAUAGUGCUAAUGCUAAUCACUAGCAUGCAGACUAUUGCUGUAAAGGGUCUUUUAUGGGGACAAAACACCUUAUAAACUCUUAUUAACGUUUGUGAAUUUGAGUUUGUGUGAGGAAAGCUGCCUCCAGAUCAGCCAAUAGCUAAAUACAAGUGCAUUAGCCCGUUUAAACCAGUAGGGGGCAGCCGCGAUACAUAUUUACAACACAUUGUCGAUAUUCAAACACUUUGCACUAAAAUGUGCAGUUUAGGACCUGCAUCCAUCACAACACUACGAAAUACAGAAAGACAACGUGGUUUGAGGGUUUAGUUACUCUUUAAAUAGAACUUUCUGAUUAUUAUUUUUAAUAAUUCUAUUUGAUAUUAAUUCAAAACCUGCCAUCCGACCUGCAUGUUCUUUAAAUCACUCGCAGCCAAACACGGAAAUGAAACGAAGACAAAAUCCGACCCGGUGCAGAACUUUAAGAAACGUGUAUUUAGUGCUUAGUGUUUAGUGUUUAGUUUAUGGCACAUUACUCAAGCCUUCCUUCAGUAUGUUAAUGUCCAAUCUGCUGUCAGUCUCAGAGUUUUUAUCUUGGAAAACUAGAAGAAAUAUAUUGUCUGUAUAACUAUGUAUUCUGUGAAUACCUAUGCAAUUAUAGACAGACACAAUUUUACAAAUCAUUUUGAUAACCCCCCCCAACUGAUUGAGAAACAGCAGUGGAAAAAUAAAUGUAAAAGCCUCAAUGCAUCUAUUAUCUAUUCACACGGGUGCGUUUGUAUAUUUUACUUUUAAAAAGAACUAUCGUAAAUGAAAUCAAAGAUGACUCUUACUAUAUUUUUAAGGAUUCUCAUGCAAUAAGACGAGUAAUUAAAGGUCGCCAAUCUGAGGAGGCGUUAACAUGGGAGAUAAAACAAGUGAUCAAAGAGUCCGAGGAGGUGCAACACGAGAGCUGUAAGAGAACAAGGAGGUCAUGUGUUGGGGUCAAAGGUCAUGUCAUGGUUCGUGAAUUGUUGAAGGAGGCGAGUGGAAAAGUGUUCAGGAGGAUCAAAUAUGAUUAUUUUACUCAGCCAGAGACAGGAAGUGGUUUUCUGGGUUUGUUUUGUAGAAGAUGUUAAAUCUGGAGCCGGGUUUUCAUCUGUGAUGAAGCAGAAGGAAGUUCUGGAUUCAGAGACGUGGCAUUUGUUGCUUGUCUUGUUUUUUUUGUUUUUCUUAUUCCAAAUCGAAAAUACGACCGGCGCCGGUUUCUGUGUCGCAACAAUCGAAAUAUAUUUAUUUUUUGUAACCGACACAGAAGCUCCCUCAUCUUGGAUGAACCCCCAACUUUAAAUGCAACAAAAUGCUUGUAUUAUUAAUAACAGAUAGUUCAGGUAGUUAUUUUGUUUAUAACAGGAAAUGAUACAUAAGCCAAGAACCGCUAUUUUUAUGGGGAUCAUAAGUUAAUUGUGUCGUUAUCUCAAAACAACAUAACGUUGUUGCUUCAUGAGCACAAGGCCAGCUAAAGAUGACUGAGGUCAUCAGCUGACACUAAAACAUAUAAUAAUACAUAUUAUAUACACACUACUUCCGGUUUUCAAAAAGGAUGCAAAACAAAAUACACGUAUGGAAAUGAGAUUUAUUGGAUCAUAUUUACAAGGAGGAUAAAAGAUGUUGCUUGUGCCUCUUUAGAUAUUAAAAAGAAAAUACCACAACAUUUUGAGGGUAAAUGUCUUUCAUCUUAGAAAUUAAAUGACUAAUUCCCGAUAAUGACGGAUUUAGUUUUUACCAUAUGAAGUUGGAGGUGUUCCAAAGUGGAAGUCGCACAUCAUCUACCAAUCAUCCAAUUAAUCUUAUUGCCAAAUGUGUAUUUUGUGAUCACUUAUUACGAUUUUACACAAUUUUGAUGCCAUCUUGAAAACCGUGACGUCAGGAUGUCGGAGAAAGCGACGACUCGACCGCGUCCAUCGACGCUCGCCUUUAAGUUUGAAGAGGAAACGACAAUUCCUCCAGAAAACAAGUCGAUUAUCUCGGUAAAGAAACAAUUACCUCGUUAACUUGAGACGACGGCAUGAAGCCGCUCAUUGAUGCCAUUAAAAGAUGAUGAGGUUGUAGUUGUUGACCUCUUUGUUCUGUCCCACACAUUCACAGUUAUAUGGUAGUAAAUGGCGUUUAUUGCAGCGAUGCUACUCAAUCUCUAUGCAGACGAUUACGCAGUCUCUGUCGCCGUGCCGCCGUACAGGUACGCUGUCAACAUCAAUAAACAUCAACGCUGUAAACAUCAAUAAACGUCAACGCUGUAAACAUCAAUAAACGUCAACGCUGUAAACAUCACCUUCUUCUCGGGCCCAAUGACACUCCUUACUGACGCCCACUGACAGGGUGGACGAUAUGUCUGAACCUUCAUUCCAACCGUUUUGGGGUUUUUUUUGCACUGAUACAGUGAAGUUUGUGAAGAUGCGUCUGUCUCUCGCUGUACCUGCAGAUAUUUAUAGAUUUAAAAAAGCUGUUUUAAUAAUAUCCACACUCUGAGCGGCAUUGAACUGUUAUUUCUGUGAAGAAAGACUUCUGGUACUCGAUGCAUUUUCAGAUUCCAGACCCAACGGACAGACUUCAGAUCUGUUUGGUGUCAGCUUUGUAUUUUCUUUUCUUUUUAAUGUACAAACUUGUAAAUACAAUAACUUUUGGAAUUGUCACAAAAGGUUGAAUUGUUUCUUAUGUAAAAAAAACAAAAAACAAACAAGAAAGAUGUUUUCAACGUUUACAUAGAUUUUCAAACCUUUGUAUAUUUUUUCGAGCUGUGGAACACUUGGUCUUGUAUUUAUUUUUUAGUAAGCAUUGUGGGCAUCCCAUAGUAAAUCCUAUCAAAGUGCUCACAGGACAGGUUAGCAAAUGUGUUAAAA